AUGGCAUCCAACCACCCUGCUUUCAGCUUCCACCAGAAACAGGUGCUGAGGCAGGAGCUCACCCAGAUCCAGAAUAUCAUGGCCAGCACCAGCAAGAAUCCCAGCACCUCUACCCUCAACACCAUGGCAACCUAUCCUGGCUGCCACAAGGUCACUCCAAGGUCCGAGACCCCCAUCAACAGUGUCAGUAACAGUUUGGAAAAUGUACUACAUACAUCAACACAUUCCAUUGAAGAGUCAUUACCCAAGAGGCCUUCGGGGAAACACUCCAAAGUGAGCGUUGAAAAAGUGGAGUUAAAGGGACUGGCACACAAGAAGAAUGAAAGAACUGUUGAAUAUUCCUUUGAGGUCCUGUGGUCUGAUUCUUCAGUGACGUUGGUAACCAAAUCUUCCGCUGAAGUGACUGAAUUUAUUUCAAAGCUAUCUCAGCUGUAUCCAGAAGAAAACUUGGAGAAAUUCAUUCCUUGCCUAGCUGGUCCAGAUUCAUUUUACCUAGAACGGAACCACAUGGACCUGGAAUCGGACCUUAGGUAUUUGGCACCAUUACCUUCCCAUGUGGUGAAAAAUGACCAUGUUAGAAAGUUCUUCAGCACUUCAUCUCCUUCACAGCAACUUCAGAGUUCAAAUCCUGGCAACCCUUCCCUUUAUAAAGUAGGAACUACGCUGGGAACAUCUGGAAGACCUAUAUGUGGCGUGGCUGGCAUUCAGUCUUCUCAGAAUCACGUCCAGCACUCGGCUGCUGCUCCCGUUGCACUACCCCACUGCUCCCACGCGGGAGGCACCGGCUCCUCGCUGGCCUAUCGCACCCCGAUGGACACCUCUUCUUCACCCAUGUUAAUGUCUUCCAGCCCACAGACCCCUCAGACACAGGAGCAAAACGGGAUCUUAGACUGGCUCAGGAAGCUGCGGUUGCACAAAUACUAUCCUGUCUUCAAACAGCUCACGAUGGAGAAGUUUCUGAGUCUUACUGAGGAAGAUCUGAAUAAGUUUGAAUCCCUCACCAUGGGAGCGAAGAAGAAGCUCAAGACCCAGCUGGAGUUGGAGAAAGAAAAAUCGGAGAAACGGUGCCUAAACCCCACAACACCUUCUUCAGUUACCAGCAGCGGUGUGGCAAGAGUUCCCCCCACCACGCACGUAGGACCCAUCCAGAGUAUUCGUGGCAACCAUGCUGCAGAGCUGCGAGUGGAUGUGGAUCAGCCAGCCCACCCGCUGCCCGGGAUCCAGACAAGGGAAGAGAGCUCGGACAGCGCCGAGGAGAACGAGAGACGUUUAGAGAUUCACUUGGACGGCUCCGAAAAGGAGAAGCCAGUGAUGUUACUGAACCAUUUCACUUCGAGCUCUGCCAGACCCACGGCUCAGGUCUUACCGGUGCAAAACGACGCGGGCUCCAGUCCGGCCGGCCACCACGCUCUGCCGAUGCAAAUGAUGUCAGCGGCCCCAUCUCACAUCGCCCCCAUUCGCAUGCUAAAUUCAGUGCAUAAAUCAGACCGUGGCAAUGCAGACAUGAAGCUGCUUUCAUCGUCUAUGCAUUCACUUUUAUCUUUAGAAGAAAGAAAUAAAGUUUCUCCUGGGCCUAGGGGCAGCAUAAAAAUGGAAAAGAGCUUUGGAAACGCAGUGGUGGAUGUCAUGUCUGCGUCUUCUCCCCACCAGCCCUUGCAGGUGCUGUCAGGGGCUGCUGAGAACAGCUCACCCACAUCUACCAUUAACUUCGGUCCUCGGACCAAAGUCGUACACGCCUCGACUCUGGACAGAGUGAUAAAAACAGCUCAGCAGCCAGGAUUAAUAGUAGAAACGAGUACUGCUGCCACCGUAACAUCCAGCACCGUCUUCCACGUGGCUCGCCCGCCCAUCAAACUCCUGGUGUCUUCGUCUCUUCCUACUGAUUCUGCUAUUGCCGGACAGACUUCCUGCUCCAGUAAUAUGCAAAUCACGGUGUCCCCUGCAAUAAUAAACCCCCGGACUGCUCUGUACACAGCCAACACCAAAGUUGCCUUUUCUGCCAUGAGCAGCGUGCCAGUGGCGCCAAUGCAAGGCAGCUUCUGCGCAAACAGCAACGCGGCCUCCUCCAGCAGCCACGGGAACUGUGGUUCCAGUGGUAUGACCGUCAGCUACGCUAACUAUUUUCAGCACCCGUUUUCGGGACCUUCCAUGUUUACUUUUCCAUUUCUGCCCUUCAACCCUUUGUGCAGCAACGGCUACAUCAACACGCAGCAGUACAACAGCAGCACGACGUUCCCCGUGGUCCACACCGCCUACAACAGCGGGUUGGCACCGGACUCCGUCAUGACCGGGCAGUCGACGUUCGCGGUGCCGCCAAUGCAGAACUUUAUGGCAGGGACAGCGGGGGUGUACCAGGCGCAGGGAAUGAUGGGCAACAGCAAUGGUUCGAGUCACAAAAAAAAUGGGAAUCUCUCCUGUUACAACUGUGGGGCCAGUGGUCACAGGGCUCAGGACUGCAAACAGCCUCCGAUGGAUUUCAAUCGACAAGGUACGUUUAGGCUGAAAUACGCUCCUCCCUCGGAAAGUCUUGACUCCACGGACUGACAUUUUAUAUGGCAAGAAAAUACUGUAAGCCAUGGAGAUGUAAGGAGAUUGAAAUACAAAACUGAGACGUCCAGUUGCUGUUAAGCUUAAUGUAUUUUUUAAUCCAAAGGUGCUUUACUUUAUUAGACUAGGUAGAAAAUCUAGCUUAGGGGUGCAUUGAACCCAUUUCUGAUUGCCAAAUUCAAGCUUGGAUCUCGUUGUUGGAACUUCUGACUCCGUGUCACAGGACCGAUGCGUGCUGGAUGGAUGGUGGAGCUGGCCAGCUGCGUUUUCUGUUGCAAGUACAACAUCCAACGUACUUUUUUUGCUGGAGAGUGUUGCCAUACACUGACUUUCUAAGGUGAAACGUCUAACUCCAGGGCAGCUACAUCCUGAAGUGGGAGCUGGAGGCUGAAGGUAGGAGCGGCCGUUCGCCAGAAGGACUUUGGCACCCCUGGGCUAGGUAAAAUGUCUACUUUUUUUCAAAAGUGAUCAGGCACUAAUCUCUGGGAUUUUUAAGGAUUGCACUACAGAAGAAUGUAAAACUCUUCAAGCUUUCUGCACUU